CCGAUGGUCUGACCCAAACCAGAGUCAUCGCCACGAAGCGAACGCAAACUCAACCAACUCGUGCGAGGAUGGCGCACGCUCUCGCCCGGGCGCUCCGCUCGCUGCUCGCCAGAUGCUCGACCAAAUGUCCCUGCGCCGCCGUGGCUGCCGCUUCCUCGUCCUGCCUCCGCAGCGCCGUUCCGCGCGCUUCCUACGCCGCCUGCCCCAGGAGCAUCCUUCCUACUUCAUGCGGGGGGGCCGUACCUGCGGCGCAGACGCGCUUCCUGGCGAGUACAGCGGGCCCUGGCCCAGGCGACGAGGGCUCGGGGGAGGAGGAGGAGGAGGAGUCUAUGGCGGAGUGGGAAGAGGAUGAAGACGAUGGGGCCGAUGCUGAGAUCGGUGAUGGCGGCAACGGCGGCGGCGUCGCCCUGCGGGACGUCAAGUGGGGCGCGCGCGCUCUUGCGGCGGCCGAGGAGGUUCUUGGCGAGCACUUUGGCGAUGACAUUGCCAUGUUCGCCUUCAAGGUGUCGCCCAAGGGGUACGUCUACGUGCGGCUGGACAAGCUCACCAACAGGUAUGGGUGCCCUGGUAUAGAGGAAAUAGAGAAUUUCAAUAGACUCUAUAAGCAGAAAUUGGAUGAGAUAAUUGAAAGAGGCGAAAUACCCCUCGACCUGGCUCUUGAGAUCUCAUCACCAGGAGCAGAGCGACUUCUGAAGGUGCCGGGUGAUCUGGAUCGCUUCAAAGAUAUGGCAAUGAGGGUACAAUACCAUGCUGAAGGUGAUGGCCUUAUUUCGGAUCAGAUGGAUGGUAUCUUCAUGCUUGAGUCAGUAGACAUUCAGGCAGAACACUGUGUUUGGAAGCUCGCGGACGUCAGCGAGAACCGAGCUGGGAAAGGGAGGCCGUUGAACAGGAAACAGAAAGAUUGGAGGCUGCAAACCUCAUUUGAUGCAGUGAUGAAGGCAACCCUAUACUUGGACUGAAAACAUUAGAAAGAUCAACAACUUGAUAAUAGUAGUCUGGUUAGAGCUCUAAGUGAUGUGAUGAACAUCAUGUAACACUGGCAAAAGCUUGUUCAUUUUGGGAACUGCAUCCCGGAAUUCUGGAGCAGGUUGUAUCGUACGACACAGAUAUCUGAUAACUGCCAGAACACAUAAUAGUGUGACAUUAUGUUUCAGGGCC